GUAAACAUGACAGUUUCCUGCAUGUCCCGGAAGUUUCAUACUUUAACAAGUGUGUGUACUGAAAUAGCAGAUAUCUGGUGUAAAAAAGGCUUGUUCUCUAAAGAAAUGGAUGGAAAUACCAUUACAGUGACUGUUGCUUAUGGGUCUACCAAGCACAGCAUAACGUUGACAGGAGAGGAUGGCAAUGAACCGCUCUUGAAAGACCUAUCAGAUGCCCUAACGGAAGUAACCGGAGUCCCAGCACCCGCACAGAAGCUAAUCUUUAAAGGGAAGUCACUAAAAGAAAUGGAAGAAAACCUAUCCAGCUUUGGUAUAAAGCAAGGCUGUAAACUUAUGAUGAUUGGAAAGAGGAAUAGUCCUGAAGAGGAGGCCGAACUGAAGAAACUAAAGGACAUUGAGAAGUCUGUUGACCUGACAGCAAAGAAGCUAGAGAAAGUGGACGAGGAGCUGACAGGAUUGAAGAAUGGCUUCUUGGCAAAGGAUCUUCAGGCAGAAGCACUAGGGAAAUUGGACCACAGGGUGAAAAUAGCAUCUGAACAGUUUAUGAAAAUCCUGGAGAAGAUAGACUCCAUGAGUGUGCCAGACAAUUUCAAUGACUGCAGAUUGAAGAAAAAAGGACUUGUGAAAACAGUACAAGGAUUCCUUGCACAGUGUGACAAGAUCGAGGCUGGGAUAUCAGAUCACCUGGCGAAGAUUCAGUCUAAAAACCUUGCCUUGGCAGAGUAGAGAAAUUAGUACCAUUUAUACCAUCCCUUCUCAUUCCCAAGUUCUAUACAUUGCUCUGUGAGCAACAACAAAUUGUACUAUAAGCUUCAGUUUUGGAGCUGGCUAUGGUGUAUUUAUUAUUGACAUACCAACGUGUGUUAGAGUGCCCUGUAAAUGAAUUUCCAGUGGACAGUUUUGAAAAGACUACCCUGACUACGUUGAUACAACAGCUGAAAACCCUCCCCUGGGUAUCAUUCUCAGGGACAUCGACUUGGUGAUUUGUAAGAUGUUUUAAUGAGGAACUCUCUGUCCAAGGGUGUGCUUUGUGACAGUGAUGAUUGUGAUGUAAAACAACACUAUCAUGUAUUGAAGUAAUAUUCACUGAUUUACCACAAUAUAUUUUUCAAAGAAAACAUUCUAAUGUAUUCUUUGCUGUUCCAAUCUAUUAUAGCUAGAAAUUAACGUCUAUUCAAUGAGCUCAGGAGGAUCUAGAGCACCGGAUGUAUGACUUAUAUGACAAAAAAAUCAUAGUAUGCAUCUCCUUAGGUCAGUGACAAAGCAGCAUAUUGUAUUUUUGCCAUUGACCAUGAAAUCGACGCUGAACUACAGGGCAUUCUAAUAAACACUGAGCCUCU